CUUCUGAAGACGAUACCUUGGAAGGAGCAAUUCUGCUCAGGUGGAAAGCUGAAAGGGAGGUUGUGAUGCUAGAGGAGGACAGAGGGCUUAGGGAUAUUCCGUAGGCAGUACAUAUUCUGGCUGUGGGGAGAGAAGCAAGUGCAGCCCAGCAGCUGAGUUGUUAACAUCAUCUUUGCUCUUUUUCUCAGAAAUUCAAGCAAAUGCUUCAGCUCCUCAUUCCUGCCUGCUGACUGCACUGGGGUGGCCAUGACUCAACCCAGCUUCCAGGACUGAGGGGCAGAGGUGGUGAGAGACCUGUCUCAGAGUGAGACCCCACAAUGGCGCUGAUGGAGAGCGUGUACUCAGUGGAGCCGGCACCUGAUGGUGCCACCCCCACCUCGCUGGAUAUGCUCAUCUUCUUGGAUGCCCCAGUGAACAGCACAGAGGAGCAAUGCUUCAGUGCCCGCUCCCACAGCACCGUCCUGGAAGGGCUGCCCUUCGGGGGAGUGCCCACUGUGCUUGCCAUCAACUUCAUCCUCUGGCUGCUUCUCCUUUUGGUCUUCUCCUGUCUUCGGAAAGCGGCUUGGGACUAUGGGCGCCUGGCGCUGCUGAUGGACAAUGAUAGUCUGACCUCGCUUUUCUAUGGAGAGCAGAGCGAGAAGGAGAAGUCCCCGUCAGAAAGCAGCCCCCUGGAUGCCGACAACAAGGAUGUGGGAUUCUGCUCCUGGCUCAUUUCUAUCUACCAAAUGAAGGACGAGGAGAUUCAGAGCAAGUGUGGGAUCGAUGCCACCACCUACCUCUCCUUCCAGCGGCACCUCCUGGUCUUGCUGAUGCUGGUCUGUGUGCUCUCCGUGGCUGUCAUCCUGCCCGUCAACUUCUCAGGGGAUCUCCUUGGACACAAUCCCACCCACUUUGGCCGGACAACCAUCGCCAACAUCCCAACACAAGACCGUCUCCUGUGGCUGCACAGCAUUUUCGCCCUCAUCUAUUUCAUCCUCACCAUUCUUUGCAUGGCUCACCACUCUGUCCACCUAGAAUACAGAGAGAACGAGAAGGUCGCCCGGACACUGAUGGUUACCCACAUCCCCAAGGAGAUCACAGACCCUUCCCUUAUCAUCAAGCAUUUCCACGAGGCUUAUCCCAGCUGCACCAUCACCAAUGUCCAGUUUUGCUUCGAUGUGCGCAAGCUGAUGAAGCUGGAUGCAGAGAGGCGCAAGGCAAUGAAGGGGCGGCUUUACUUCACCACCAAGGCACAGAAAGAAGGGAAGAUCAUGAUCAAAACCCACCCCUGCGCCCACAUCUUCUGCUGCCGCUUCUGUGGCUUUGAGCAGGUGGAUGCUGAGCAGUACUAUGGGGAGCUGGAGGAGAAGCUCACAGAUGAGUUCAAUGCUGAGCGCAACCGCAUCACGCUCAAGCGGCUGGACAUGGCCUUCGUCACCUUCCAGGAUGAGCGGAUGACAGCUGUGAUUUUGAAGGACUACAGCCACAUCCGCUGCCGCAAGCACCCCCAGCAAUCCUCUGUCACCACCGUGGUCAAGUCACACCACUGGGGUGUUCGCUAUGCCCCUGCACCCAGCGAUAUCAUCUGGGAGAAUUUGUCAGUCCGUGGCACAUCCUGGUGGGUGCGAUUCAUCCUCCUUAAUAUCUGCCUGUUCGUCCUUCUCUUCUUCCUCACCACGCCGGCCAUCAUUGUCAACACUAUGGACAUGUUCAAUGUCACACACCCUGUGGAGAGCCUCAAGAACCCAAUCAUCACCCAGUUCUUCCCCACGCUGCUGCUCUGGGCUUUCUCUGUCUUCCUGCCCUUCCUUGUCUACUACUCAGCAUUCUUCGAGUCUCACUGGACAAGGUCAAGUGAAAAUCAGAUCACCAUGCACAAGUGCUUCUUCUUCCUGGUGUUCAUGGUUAUCAUCCUGCCCUCGCUGGGUCUGAGCAGCUUGGACCUGUUUUUCCGCUGGCUCUUCGACACCCACUUUCUGGACGAAGCCGAAAUCAAGUUCCAGUGUGUUUUCCUCCCAGACAACGGCGCUUUCUUUGUAAACUAUGUGGUCACCUCCAGCCUGAUUGGGACAGCUAUGGAGCUGCUGCGCAUCCCAGGCCUCCUUGUCUACACUGCCCGCCUCUGCUUUGCCAAGUCUGAGCCCGAACGGCUCCAUGUCAAACGGAGCCAAGCCUACCAGUUCCAGUUUGGACUAGAGUAUGCCUGGACCUCCUGUAUCUUCUCUGUUGUCAUGACCUACAGCAUCACCUGCCCCAUCAUCGUCCCCUUCGGGUUGCUCUACAUGCUGCUCAAGCACAUGGUUGACCGGUACAACAUUUACUACGUGUACAUCCCCACCAAGCUGAACCAGCGCCUCCACGUGGCCGCCAUCAGCCAGGUCGUGGUGGCCCCCAUCCUCUGCAUGUUCUGGCUGCUCUUCUUCUCUGUCCUGCGCCUCGGUCCCACCCGGCCUGUCACCCUCUUUACCUUUGUGGUCCUCCUCUCCUGCAUCAUCUUCUCCUUCUUUGGCCUCUGCCUGAAGAAGUUGCAGCCACGGAAACCCUCCAGCUACCAGAUGUCUGACCAGUCUGAGGGCAGCUUCAAUGACGUGGAGCGGAGCAGUGUUUCCUCUACCCCUAACUCCAAUCUUUUUGUGGCCACUGUCCUGCAGGAGCCUGAGCUGAGCCUGACGCCAGCGGCCUCUCCGGCACACCAGUCCUAUGGCACCAUGGGCAACCAUCUGGAGCCAGGAGAGGAUGGGGAGGAUGGGGGGCUGCAGAGCUUUGAGACAGAGCUGGAGACAGUGGAGGGCGAGUACAGAAGCGGCCCUGUGAUGGAGAGCCAGGCUCGCUACCAGUGAACAUCCAUGGUGCCGGCUGAGGACCAACCGUGCUGAGAAUGGAGGAUGUGCCAUGGGGCAGGAAGGAGCCUUCCCAGCACUGGUGGGGGCCAUCUCUCUGAUGGCACAGGGGGUGACAGGACUGAUGUGAGGGGGAGACCUAUUGCAUGGGAGGUGGCAGGAGGCUCUGCUGGUCCUUCUGCUGCCUGGACUGGCUGAGCCCCCUAAUGUCCCCCUGUCACCACCUGCCUCUUCCAGCCCACAGUGGGGAAGAGGGGGUGCAGCAGUAUAGGGAGAGGGUCUCUCUGAGAGGCCAUGCUUUUGGGGGCAGGAGGAAGGCCCUUGCCCCUCUUUGAGAAGGAAGCAGCCCAGACAGCACAGACGAAUGUGCCCACCACCACAUGGUCCUGUGGGUCCUCAGUGGCAGAGGACGGCCACCUCUAACCCUUGCAUCCCACCCCACCCACCCACUGCUCAGGCAGCCAUCUCAAAGCCCC